UGCGUUGGGGAUGUGUGUGUGGGGGGCGGGUGUGACUUUUUAGACAGGCAGCACAGCGGGCAGCUGCCGCAGAGCGGAGGGGAUUUGGCGCAGGCAGCGGCGCGGGCAGCCCCGGCCGGGCCCCCUAUAUAAGUGGCGCGGGGUCCUACGGGCGCGGCCCUGUCACGCUCGCACGGGGUGGAGGCUGAGGCGGCGAUGGCGGAUUUUGAUGCUUAUGACGACCGGGCCUACAGCAGCUUCGGCGGAGGCCGGUCUCGUGGUGGUGCUGGCCCUGGUUCUCGUAAACAGAAAGAUCUGCCGACAGAACCCCCUUUCACAGCAUAUGUGGGAAAUCUACCCUUCAACACUGUUCAAGGAGACAUAGAUGCAAUCUUUAAGGAUCUCAGUGUAAGGAGUGUACGACUAGUCAGAGACAAAGAAACAGACAAAUUUAAAGGAUUUUGUUAUGUAGAAUUUGAUGAGGUGGAAUCACUUAAGGAAGCCUUGACAUUCGAUGGUGCACUCUUGAAUGACCGACCACUCCGAGUGGACAUAGCAGAGGGCAGAAAACAAGACAAAGGUGGCUUUGGCUUCAGAAAAGGUGCUGGGCCUGAUGACAGAGGAAUGGGAGGAGGUCCUCGAGAGUCAAGAGGAGGUGGAUGGGAACCUAGAGAUGACUUCAGUUCUGGCUUCAAAGAUGAUGAUUUCUUGGGAGGCCGGGAUAGAGGAACUCGUCCUGGUGGAGAUCGUCGAACAGGCGCCCCCCCAAUGGGGGGUGGUGGGACUGGUCGCUUUAGAGAUGGACCUCCCCUUCGUGGGACUUCCAUGGACUUCAGAGAGCCAACAGAAGAGGAAAGAGCACAGCGGCCCCGACUUCAACUCAAACCUCGAACAGUUGCUACUCCCCUCAAUCAAGUAGCCAACCCUAACUCUGCUAUCUUCGGUGGAGCCAAGCCCCGAGAGGAAACAGCAAAAGAGCAAGAAUGAGCUUGGGGCUGAGGGAAUGGGAGUGGAGGGGCUGGGGCGGGCAGGAGAAUAAGCAAGACAGUACAGAGUGACUAGCUCUGCUGGAACGUCUACCCUGCAGUUACCAUUCCUGCCAUCUGAUGCUUGUCUUCUUUGAAACCCAAAACACAGAGCUUGUGAAUGCAUGUCAGCUGUUAACAAGUGGUUUUUAGUACGUUCUUGGCUUUGCUGUAUCUAGUGCCUGCUUUGUGCUAAGUUUUCCCUCCUCUGCUUUUCCUUCCAAGCAGCACACUGUUUCUAGCAGGUAAAUCAGUGGCUGCUUCCACCAUUGUGGCAUCUUCUCUAGACUAAGGUGCUGCUUCACUUUCUCUUUUCUGGGUUUGUUUUACUUUAGAAGCACAGGUUAGACUUAAUUAUUAUCCAGUAUCAUUUUCUUUUGACGUCCUCAGUGCUCCUUUUCUGAUCUGCAUGUUUUGUUCUGUAUUGCUGUGGCUCUAAAGCGGUAAACUGAAGAGUCCUGGCAAGGUGAACAGAAUCCGUAAGCUAUACAUCCCUGACUAUGUAGAAUUAGGUACCAUAUGCAAUGAUGAAUAAUAGGAUUACCAUAUACAACAGUAGAGCUCCAUAUAACUAAGAAAACAAAUUAGAUUGUCCUUUCCAACAGUAAGGAAAAAUAUCCCUUCUAAACAGAAGUAAAAGAGAAGAAAGAUCUCCAUUGAAAUAUCUGUGUAUAGUGCACAAGGAAAUCCUCCGGGCUGACUAUAUCUUGUAAUUGAUUUCACCAAACCACUGUGGCUGUCGGUCUACGUGAAUAAAUAAAGCACUCAUUUCAAUAGGCAUGCUAGAUGGGAAAAUGCAUCUGCCAUUAAGUUUUGCAACAUGCCGUCUACCUUUAGCUCCCCAAUGGUAAAUGCUACACUCUUUUGAACCUGCAGAUUGGUGCUAUAAAGCUGUGCAUGUUCUAGCACAUUACUGCUGGCUGGCUCUUUCUGCUUACUAUUUCUUUAAGUUUUACAUGGUUGGUAAAUUUUUAAAUGACGUUUCUACAAAUAAAGUUGACUUUUUAUUUUUGUUUUGUUUAAGGAGUGUAUAAUUUGCCACUCUUUUUGCCUUCAGCCCCUAUAUAUCUUUGCCCAUUGGUGUAGAGCUGACAGAUUAGUCUCUAAAAUGAACAGGAUUUAAAUUCUUUACUUUCAUUUCACUCCAUAAAUUCUGCUUUGUACUGCAUAGAGAUUCAGAUAAUGGUUAUCUCCAAACAGAUAGAUAGGUGGUAAUAGCUGCAUCUCUUUGAAUAUGAAUUAUUUUGUUACCAGUUUUGAUGGAAGAGUGUGGGGAAGGACGUACUGAAUAGUUGCAGUGUUAUAAAAACUUUGAGCUGUAACACUCUAUAAAAAAUAUUAAGUGAAGACUUAUCCAGUGCAUGAAAAGAACUCUUGGGUCCCAAACACCACUGCUGAGAGUUUUCAAGUGUCAAGCAACCAGUUUACCAGAGUACCUGCAAGAGGCCAAGAGUUUUGGAAGUACCAAAUUCACUUGAUAGUACUGGAUUUUUUCCUUACUGUUGCCUUGUUAACAUCAGAGUCUCAGCAAUUUACGGAACAAUCCUUCUUUCCUUCCUUCUGUCUGUCACUUAAUCUGCUUCUGAGAUAAGAACCAUUUGUCUAACACUAAUACUUAAUUUAAGACAAAGACAUGCAUUUGUGUGGUUGUAUUCCAAACCAAUAAUAGCCAAUGACCUAUUUGCAUCUUCAAUGUGGAAAAGAUUUUAAGAACAAAAAACUCCCAUAUAAACUCACUUCUACUCAAUAAAGUUGACUUUUAAAUGUAAAAAAGGAAUUCCAAACACUUAACACAUUCUGCUUCAUAACAGAAAGUAAAUUUAUGAAUAUGGUAUUUUGUGAUGAUCUUUUAAAUAAAAGAAAACAUUAAGUAAUA